GACUUUUUUCAUAUUCAGCUGACAGAUGACAAACAAGGGAGACGAUAUCUGGAGCUGACAUACGCAGGAGGAGUGCUGAGAGAUGAGUGGGUUCUCGCAGAUGCUGGUGUUACUCUUUGUUCUACUAUUAAAUGUAUUGUUAAGGAAGAAGAAAAGCCGACACUAUAUGUAUUUAAUGCAGUGACACAAGAAAAGGUCCCGAUAAUGGGAAAGGUUCAUCUUCUCAAUGAAAGAGUUUCACAGCUGAAAUCCCUAGUGUCUAUGAAAUGUGGAUUCCCAGUCAGUGUUUUCUGCCUGAGGACAUUAGAAGGCAAAGAAAUGUAUGACUGUAACACCCUGAGCGAUUACAAGCUGGAAAUAGGUGGAGUACUAAGACUGGAUGUAUGGGAUGGCUGGAAGGAACUUUUGGAAGCCUGUGUCCUGGGCCACAAACAAAAUGUUCAGCGAUACUUAUCAAAGAAUGAAACCAUCCUCAGAUAUCAACAGAGAGUAGCCCUUUACAUAGCCGCACAUUUUGGCCAUCUAAAAAUGGCAGCAUGGCUUCAGAAGAAGGGUGUAAGAGCAGAUGAAGCCAUUGGUGUCCAUCCAUACAGAGAAUGGUGCUGUGAAACUGAUCACGCAGAUAUAGGCAAAUGUGCCAUUCAUGCAGCUGCUGAAGCAGGCCAACUCCUUUUGAUCAAAGCCUUUGUUGCACGUAAUGUUUGUGUGUUUAGAAUGUCAGACUCCUUUUGGCCAAACACCUCUCAGGACAUGUAUCCACCAGGGACGCAAAGACUGCGUAUUAUAUUUAAUCAUGAAGAUGUGGUCAGUUGUCUCUUUCACAAAUAUUUCCCUAUCUAUGAAAAUCUAUGUCAAGGUCAAAAAGUGGCUUUCUGUGACUCGGAAAAAAAUAUGCAAAGUAAAGAGGUGGGAUCCACAAUUUAA